CUUUUAUCCCCUAACGUAUUAAUCUCGAUCGAUCACUCUUAUUCUUUCAAGUGUUGCAUUUGAUAGACGAAUAAUAUGGGUUCCAGUUUUGCACAAGCACUUUCUGCAAUGCUGCUAAUUGCUUCAAUGGUGGCAUUUUGCACUGCCAACAAGGAUUGGAAGCACGGGAACUACACCGGUUGGGGUUCUAACCAUGGUCCAUAUCACCUUAACACGACAAACGGACCCAACAAUAAGAUCGUUGUGGGUGGUUCGGACUGGCAUUAUGGUUUUAACUACGCAGAUUGGUCUUUGAAAAAUAACUCAUUUUACGUCCAGGACACUCUAGUUUUCAAGUAUGAUCCACCAAACGACACCACACGUCCUCAUAGCGUGUACUUGCUACCAAACCUUUGGAGCUUCAUAAACUGCGACUUUAGCCAGGCCAGGAUUGUGGGAAGUCCAACACAAGGAGGCGGAGACGGGUUUCAGUUCGUGCUCAAGAGCUGGCAGCCUUACUACUUCGCUUGUGGUGAGCACGAUGGUGCUCAUUGUAAGGACGGAAUGAUGAGGUUCUUUGUCUUCCCCAAGCUCCGCGGCUGGCACUACUGAGAGUUUGAGAUCGAAGCACUCUCAGAAAGUACGGGAUUCCCUUGUUGAUCUGGGAUUCAAUGGUGAUUGAUUUCUUUUUCAUAAUUGACUAAUAAAUUACCUUUGAGCAAAUAACAAGACUUGGCAUAAAGACUUGACAUAUUGUACUUAGUUGAUCAUACAAGUACUUCACCAGUGAUCAUA